CCUAAACGGAGUACUGGCCCCAAGAAUCCAAGGUUCUUUGCGCGCCAAAUCGACAACCCAUGGGGUUAUGGGAAGCCCCGAUCUUGUCAUUCUCUACGGGAUACGAAGGGUACGGGCGACUCGAGUGGAGCGACUACUGACGGAACGCGAAUUCCUUUACUGAUCAGGAACCCAAAAAAAUAAAAAAGUAAAAAAACAAAUCAGAUCCAACAAGUCGCGGUUUGUUGUAGAUUAUUGACGACUUCCUUCUUCCACGUAAAGAGCCAGCACUAGCAGCAGAACAUCAUGGCACAAACUAACGGCGUCAACGGAGCUGGACACGAUGACGAGGGAAUCGAAGUGUUUACAGAUUACCUCAUCGUCGGUACAGGCCCAGCUGGCGGCGCAUUGGCAUCUUUCCUGACUCAACAUGGAUUGACUGGCUUGAUUGUGAGUCAAGAUCCCGGCAAUGCAGAUACGCCACGAGCACAUAUCACCAAUAUGGCUGCCCUUGACUGCCUGAGAGAUAUUGGUGUAGACAGAGACUGUUACAUCAUUGGCACCUCGGGAGACUCGAUGGUUCACACCCGAUGGUCGAAUAGCUUUGCCGGAGAGGAGUAUGCGCGCAUAUACUCAUGGGGCAACGACCCGAAAAGAAAGGGUGACUACGAACUCGCCAGUCCCUCAGACCCAUUGGACUUACCACAGACUCUGCUCGAGCCUCUGCUGAUACGGUAUGCGACACUGAAUGGAUUCAAGAGCCGCUGGGAUACGACUUUUGUAUCUUAUGUGCAGGAACCCGAGGGUAAGGGUGUCACCACCACCUUGCACGACAAGGUCAGCGGGCGCGACUUCAAAGUUCGAUCCAAGUUUCUCUUUGGUGCCGACGGUGCCCGCAGUCCCAUCAUGCGACAGACGGGGAUCCCAAUGAUCAAGAGACCCGGCCAGGGUUUCGCCAUCAACAUUCUCAUGGAGGCUGACAUGUCACAUCUCAUGGAGAACCGUAUGGGCAACCUGCAUUGGCUCCUCACCCCAGACAAGGAGCACCCUGAUUUCGCCUGGAUCGGAUGUAUCAGAAUGGUCAAACCCUGGUUCGAAUGGCUGUGCAUCAUUUUCCCCACCGCAGAGGCCGAGAGAAAAGUCCGGACCCCCGAAGAAUACAUGCAGCGCGUCCGUGAGUUCAUUGGGGAUGAUUCGAUCGAGGUCAAGAUCAAGGGCAUCUCUACCUGGAUGAUCAACGAGACGGCGGCAGAAGCCUACUCCAAGGGAGAUGUUUUUUGUCUAGGUGAUGCCGUUCACCGACACCCACCGAACCACGGCCUAGGUUCAAACACUUGCAUUCAGGAUGCUCACAAUUUGGCUUGGAAAGUGGCCAUGGUCCACAAAGGACUGGCUGGGAGAGAAUUGCUCGACAGUUUUAGUAUCGAACGUCAACCUGUAGGCCUGGACGUAGUCACACAAGCCAACGCCUCUCUUCGAAACCACAAGAAAAUCUGGGAGGUGUUGGGCAACCUCGAACCCACGGUCGAGAAGCGAAUGGAGGCCUUCAACAUCCUCAAGGAGGACUCGGAGAGGGGCCGGAAACGCCGUCAAGACCUGGAGGCGUGCUUGAGACUCAUCAACCGAGAAGAGCACGGUUUGGGCAUCGAGAUGAACCAAAGAUACACCUCGUCGGCAGUGUACAAGUCUGACCAAGGGGCCAUGCCCACCUUCGCCACGGAUCCCCUGGAACACUACCACCCGACCACUUACCCGGGUGCCAGAUUGCCGCACGUGUGGCUGAGCAACACGGUCCCCUCAAAGGCCAUCUCGACUCUCGACCUCGCCGGCAAGGCCAGUUUCUGUCUGUUCACCGGCAUUGGCGGCCAGGGUUGGAAGGACGCCGCAGCCAAGGUCUCGGCCGAGCUGGGUAUUCCCCUGGCCGCUUACUCAAUAGGCUGGAGGCAAGAUUACGAGGACAGGUACCUCGAUUGGGUCAAGGUGAGGGACGUCGAGGAGUCUGGUUGUGUGUUGGUGAGGCCUGAUUAUUUCGUCGCCUGGAGAUGUCAGAAAUGGGAACAGGAUGGCGAGAACAAGUUGAGGACGGUUCUGAAAUCGAUUUUGUCAAGGGGUUGAGAGAGUCUGAGUCUGAGGAUGAGAUUUAUAGAUAUCUUUAUUGCCAGGGUUUAAAGACACGAGUAGUGAUGGAGAUGUCAGAAUGAAG